AUGUACGGCAUCCAAGCCACAGACGCGGACGGCAUCAAAGCCGAAGCCGCGGACGGUAUCCAGGCGACAGACGGGGACGGUAUCCUGGCCACAGAUGGGGACGGUAUCCAGGCGACAGACGGGGACGGUAUCCUGGCCACAGACGGGGACGGUAUCCAGGCCACAGACGGGGACGGUAUCCAGGCCACAGACGGGGACGGUAUCCAGGCCACAGACGGGGACGGUAUCCAGGCCAAAGACGGGAACAGUAUCCAGGCGACAGACGGGGACGGUAUCCUGGCCACAGACGGGGACGGUAUCCAGGCCACAGACGGGGCCGGCUAUCCGGACAUCCUGGCCACCAUCGCGAUGUCGAACAGCUGCUGA